AAAAGAAGCUGACAAAGCAAUUAUCAGCAACUGUACGUCAGCGAAAGAGGUCCUUGCGGAAUUGGAAAAGGUCUACGAUCCGGAGUCACAGGGGUCAAAACAGGCCUUGAUGCGGAAGAUGUUCGACUUUGCAAUCCCCACACACAGCAACAGCAACCCCAUCGAGCACCUCUACUCUCUCGAGCUGCUGUAUGCCCGCCUGCGCGAAAAGGGGCUCAAUGCUGAACAACCCUUCGUUCUCGCCCACUUCGUUGGUUCCCUCCCACCCGAGUACCAACAAGCGAAGUCCCCAUUGGAGACAGCAACGGCGCUGGAUAGGGCCGAGAUCGUCAGGAUCGUGAGCACGGUGCACGCGAGCCUCCCGGAGGGAAGGAAGGCCUCGAAGGGCCAGCGUAGGGCGGAGCAUGCUCUCCUCGCGAGUGACGGUGGCGGCGGGGGAGGAGCGCCGGGCCGCGGCAACAGCGGCCGCCGCAAGGGUGGCGGCGGCGGCGGCGGCAACCAGAAGGGGAGAGGGGGUGGCGCGAAGGCUGGAGGCGGCAGCGGAGGCGGCGACGACGAUGCGGGUAGCAUGCGCGGUCGCUGUUUCCGGUGCGGCAAGAAGGGCCACCAGGUGGCCGACUGCACCGAGAGCAAGCCCGUGCGAUGCGAGACAUGCAAGGGCUACGGGCAUGACAAGAGCAAGUACCCGACCGAGGGCGAAGUGCUCGUGGUNACGGUGCACGCGAGCCUCCCGGAGAGGAGGAAGGCCUCGAAGGGCCAGCGUAGGGCGAAGCAUGCUCUCCUCGCGAGCGACGGUAGCGGUAGAGGAGGAGCGUCGGGCCGCGGCAACGGCGGCCGCCGCAAGGGUGGCGGCGGCGGCGGUGGCGACGACGAUGUGGGUAGCAUGCGCGGUCGCUGUUUCCGGUGCGGCAAGAAGGGCCACCAGGUGGCCGACUGCACCGAGAGCAAGCCCGUGCGAUGCGAGACAUGCAAGGGCUACGGGCAUGACAAGAGCAAGUACCCGACCGAGGGCGAAGUGCUCGUGGCUAGACGGGGUAGCGCCCCCGUUGACAUCAACGAUUUCCACUGCGCGCACGGCCACUCCCACGAGGUGCUGCUGAGGACCACGGCGAAGCAGCAAGGGACGACGCUGGUGGGCGAGCUCCGGGAGUGCCUGGGGUGCUCGACGGCGAAGGGGCUUUCCAAGCCCAUCCCCAACAAAACGUCGACCCGAGCAGUUAAGAAACUGCAGCGAGUUUUCGUGGAUUUGAGUGGAAAAGCUAGGGUGCAGAGCUUGGGGGGAAAGUGGUACACUCUCAUUGUCAAGGAUGAUUACACAAGGUGGAACCGUGUCUAUUUCCUGAAGCACAAAUCAGACGCAGCUGAGGCAUUCGAGAGGUACCUUGCAGAAAACCGGGCAGACGGUGCCCCGUCCGAUGUCAUGGUCGUGAGCUCUGACAACGGAGGAGAUUUUUUUGAGGGAGAGUUCGCAGGGUGUGCCGGAAGAACUGCAUCAAACAGGAGUUCACCCCCGGACACAGCCCAGUAUACAACAGUGUAGCUGAGAGAGCACUGGGUCUGAUCAAGGAUGCAGCACUAGCCGCCCGUAUCCAAGCGCCAACUCUUUACCCCGGAGCACCGAACUACCCAUCCCUUUGGGCCGAGGCCAUAGCUUGGUCAU